GGGGGGGACGAGCGGGUCUGAACGGAAAGCCCGGAGAUUCACACACCGACCGGCAGCGUGUCAGCUACGAACAUGUCCCCCCCAUGUAUGACAGCACACAAUUUCAUUCCUUGAGACGCAGCAUCCUCACCGCGACCAUCGCUUUUCACACACAGACCUCCCGGUGAUAAUGAGGAAAUAAAAACAUCUCCAGACACGCCCACCUCCAACGGAUUCCAAAACCGAAAGUCAUCGUUGCAAGUUUUGCCACGACCAAAGUGGGACUUUUUCCGCCUGCCCCCCCGACCACGCCCAAGAGGACAUUCCACCCCCGGCCCCCGUUUGCUUUAUCAAAUGCCCAAAAACAGCAAGGCCGUCAAGAGAGAGCUUGACGACGAUGUCACCGAGUCGGCCAGAGACCUUCUUUCCAACGAGGACGCCUGCGACGAUUCCUUCAAGAAGAGCUCGCUGAUCGUCGGCGGCCAUGACGGCGAGGGCAAGGACUGCGACGUGGAGGAGGGCGGCUCGGACGGCGAGGAGGAGGAGCGCCCGGCCUGGAACAGCAAGCUCCAGUACAUCCUGGCCCAGGUGGGCUUCUCUGUAGGCCUCGGCAACGUCUGGAGGUUCCCCUACCUGUGCCAGAAGAACGGGGGAGGGGCGUACCUGGUGCCCUACUUUAUCCUGCUGGUGUUGAUCGGCAUCCCGCUCUUCUUUCUGGAACUUGCCGUGGGACAACGCAUCCGGCGGGGGAGCAUCGGCGUGUGGAACUACAUUAGCCCCCGCCUGGGGGGCAUCGGCUUUGCUAGCUGCGUGGUGUGCUUCUUCGUGGCGCUCUACUACAACGUCAUCAUCAGCUGGAGUCUCUUCUACUUCUCGCAGUCCUUCCAGCAGCCCCUGCCAUGGCACGAGUGUCCCCUUGUCAAGAACAAGAGCAGCACAUGUAAGAAAAGAGCGAGUCACGGUCCCAGACCGACGGCCGUCUCGACGUCAACCUGGUCUUUGUGUGCAGACGUGGUGCCCGAGUGCGAGAAAAGCUCGGCCACCACCUACUACUGGUACCGCGAGGCCCUGGACAUCUCCGACAGCAUUUCCGAGAGCGGGGGACUCAACUGGAAGAUGACGCUGUGCCUCCUGGCCGCCUGGUCCGUGGUCUGCCUGGCCAUGAUCAAGGGAAUCCAGUCGUCCGGGAAAGUGAUGUACUUCAGCUCCUUGUUCCCGUACGUGGUGUUGAUUUGCUUCCUGGUCCGCUCGCUGCUCCUGGAGGGCUCCAUGGACGGCAUCCGCCACAUGUUCACGCCAAAGCUGGAGAUCAUGCUGGAGGCCAAAGUGUGGCGUGAGGCGGCCACGCAGGUCUUCUUCGCGCUGGGCCUGGGCUUCGGCGGCGUCAUCGCCUUCUCCAGCUACAACAAGCGCGACAACAACUGCCACUUCGACGCCGUGCUGGUCUCCUUCAUCAACUUCUUCACCUCCGUGCUGGCCACCCUGGUGGUCUUCGCCGUGCUGGGCUUCAAGGCCAACAUCAUGAUCCGGAAAUGUGUGGCGCUGAACAGCAGAAAGAUGGUGGACCUGCUGGGAAACGGCGUGGAGGAAAGUCUGAUCCCCGGCCACAUCAACCUCAGUCACAGCAGCGGCGUCAGCACCGCCGACUACCAGAUGAUGAUAAACAUCAUCAGGAACGUCAACCAGGACCACUUCCCCAAACUGGGACUGGACUCCUGCAGCAUCGAGGGCGAGCUCAACAAGACGGUCCAGGGUACAGGUCUGGCCUUCAUCGCCUUCACGGAGGCCAUGACCCACUUCCCCGCCUCGCCCUUCUGGUCGGUCAUGUUCUUCCUCAUGCUGGUCAACCUGGGCCUGGGCAGCAUGUUCGGCACCAUCGAGGGCAUCCUCACGCCGCUGGUGGACACCUUCAAAGUGCGCAAGGAGCUCCUGACAGUGGGAUGCUGCGUGCUGGCCUUCUCCAUCGGCCUGAUGUUCGUGCAGCGCUCGGGGAACUACUUUGUCACCAUGUUUGACGACUACUCGGCCACGCUGCCGCUGCUCAUCGUGGUCAUCCUGGAGAACCUGGCCAUCGCCUGGUUCUACGGCAUCGACAAGUUCUUCGAGGACCUGAAGGACAUGUUGGGCUUCACGCCAUACCGCUUCUACUACUACAUGUGGAAGUUCAUCACACCCAUCCUGCUGCUGGUGCUGCUGUGCUCCAGCCUGGUGCAGCUGGUCAAGGCGCCGCCCGUCUACAACGCCUGGAUCCAGGAAGCGGCCAAGGAGCAGGAGGUGCGCUUCCCCACCUGGGCCGUGGCGGUGUGCGUCUCCCUGGUGGUGGUGGCCAUCUUGCCCGUGCCCGUGGUCUUCUUCCUGCGCUUCUUCAACCUCCUGGACGACGGCGCCGGCGGCAUCUCGGCCGUGUCCUACAAGAAGGGGCGCAUCAUCAAGGAGGAGUCGUGCCCGGGCGAGGACGACGACGCCAGCCUGCUGCGGGACAAGACGCCCGGCGAGGCGCCGUCGCCGCUGCCCGCCAACAGCAUCUACCGCAAGCACGGCGCCGCGGCGGGAGGCGGCGGCCCUCAGGCGGACGCCACGCCCAACGGUCGUUACGGAAUCGGUUACCUGAUGGCCGACGUGGCGGACAUGCCCGAGUCGGACUUGUAGGCCCGACGCCCUCGCUUCUAGUCGCUCAUCCAUGUUACUGCUCCUAGCACACAGUCCUGUAGAUAGACUAGCUCCGCCUCUUUUAUCCUCUUCCUGCUUCGCCUUUGUCUCGGAACCUCACCAUCUUUAGUCCCAGGAACACCAAACACUCCUUUCUUUGUGGCCUGCUUUUGUCUUCCUGUCAUGGACUAACUUCACCACCAGGUGGAGCUACUCCACUCUUAGACUUGCACUCAUUUGAGUGCAGUGACGUCACCCGAGCGAGUGUGGGUGGGUGUGCCCAGUGACGUGACCCGAGCGAGUGUGGGUGGGUGUGCCCGGUGACGUUGCGUGAGCUAAUGAUGGUGUGAACAGUGACGUCGCCCGAGCCUGCGCGGGUGUGCACAGUGACGUCGCCCGAGCCGGCGCGGGUGUGCCCAGUGAUGUUACCCGAGUAAGGUGUGGGUGUGCCCGGUGACAUCACCCGAGCGGGUGUGGGUGUGCCCGGUGACGUUGCUCGAGCUGGUGAUGGAGGGCCCGGUGACGUCGCCAGAGCCGGUGCACGUGUGCAAAGUUAUGUCACCCGAGCCGGCGCGGGUGUGCCCAGUGACAUGACCUGAGCCGACGCGGGUGUGCCCAGUGACAUGACCCGAGCGGGUGUGGGUGUGCCCGGUGACGUUGCGCGAGCUAAUGAUGGAGUGCCCGGUGACAUCGCCUGAGCCGGCGCAGGUGUGUCCAGUGACGUCACCCAAGCCGGCACGGGUGUGCACAGUGACAUCACCAGAGCCGGCGCGGGUGGGCCCAGUCACGUCAACAGAGCCAGCAGGGGUGUGCCCAGUUAUGUCACCCGAGCCGGCGCGGGUGUGCACAAUGACGUCACCCGAGCCGGUGCGGGUGUGCACAAUGACGUCACCCGAGCCGGCGCGGGUGUGCACAAUGACGUCACCCGAGCCAGCACGGGUGUGCACAAUGACGUCACCCGAGCCGGCACGGGUGUUCACAGUGACGUCGCCCGAGCCGGCGCGGGUGUGCCCGGUGACAUGACCUGAGCCGACGCGGGUGUGCCCAGUGACGUGACCCGAGCGGGUGUGGGUGUGCCCGGUGACGUUGCGCGAGCUAAUGAUGGAGUGCCCGGUGACAUCGCCUGAGCCGGCGCAGGUGUGUCCAGUGACGUCACCCAAGCCGGCACGGGUGUGCACAGUGACAUCACCAGAGCCGGCGCGGGUGGGCCCAGUCACGUCAACAGAGCCAGCAGGGGUGUGCCCAGUUAUGUCACCCGAGCCGGCGCGGGUGUGCACAAUGACGUCACCCGAGCAGGUGCGGGUGUGCACAAUGACGUCACCCGAACCAGCGCGGGUGUGCACAAUGACGUCACCCGAGCCAGCACGGGUGUGCACAAUGACGUCACCCGAGCCGGCACGGGUGUUCACAGUGACGUCGCCCGAGCCGGCGCGGGUGUGCCCAGUGACAUGACCUGAGCCGGCGCGGGUGUGCCCAGUGAUGUUACCCGAGUAGGUGUGGGUGUGCCCGGUGACGUUGCGCGAGCUAAUGAUGGAGUGCCCGAUGACAUCGCCUGAGCCGGCGCGGGUGUGCCCAGUGACGUCACCCGAGCCGGCACGUUUGUGCCCAGUUAUGUCAUCCGAGCCGGCUCGGGUGACGUCAUUGUGUACACCCGCGCCGGUGUGCCCAGUGACCUCGCCCGAGCCGGUGCGGGUGUGCCCAGUGACGUCACCUGAGCCAGCACGGGUGUACACAGUGAUGUCACCCGAGCGGAUGUGGGUGUGUCCGGUAACAUCGCUCGAGCUGGUGAUGGAGUGCCCGGGGACGUCGCCAGAGCCGGCGCGGGUGUGCACAGUGAUGUCACCAGAGUGGGUGUGGGUGUGCCCGGUGACGUCGCUCGAGCUGGUGAUGGAGUGCACGGUGACAUCGCCUGAGCCGGCGUGGGUGUGCCCAGUGACGUCACCAGAGCGGGUGGGGGUGUGCCCGGUGACGUUGCCAGAGCCGCCGCACGUGUGCGAGGUUAUGUCACCCGAGCGGGUGCAGGUGUGUCCAGUGUCGUCGCCCGAGCCGGGUGUGCAAGGUGUUUAGUGUCUCCUGAAAGAAGGAAGUGAGGUUCCAAGACAAAGGUGUGCCUCCAUCAUGUUUAUAGAAUACAUUCUGUUGUAUAGCUAAGUAUUCUGUAAAUAUUAUAAAUAUUUCACUUGAUACAACCUCAUGUUUUUAAAGGUUUACGAGCACUUCAUCAUUAAUAACUUUGUCAUCUUUUUUUUACUUCAGUGUUUUUUUGUGAGUCCUUUUUUGUAAAUACUCUGUCCUUGGUUUUUCCCAUCAAAUGGCUUCAAAAUGCAGUUUUUUCCUACUCGCUCCAAAUUAAACAUGAAAUAAUGUCCAA